UAAAAAUAAUUUACAGAGUUUUGAACAAGAAGCAUUUCAAAAGGAUACAAUUGUGAUCUGGGUGGCUCGAAUACAGCAAUUCCCUGAGGUCAGACAAACUCGCCUAUAGUUUCCUUUAUUCUGCCUCUCUGUUGUGAUGGAAAUAACUGGUUCUUUGAGUCCCAACAGUAGAGGCCUGGACGCACACAGUUUUAAUAAUAAGGAAUUUAUUAUUAAAGGGGAAGUCGGGUCAACACAAGCAACUACAAUACACAGGAAGCGGUGUGGGGACAGGGUACAGUUACACAUACAAAGAACAAGGGAAAAGCACUACAACAGCUAUCCCCCUUGACCUUGGAUAGCCACGGCUCCCUUACCAGGACAAACGAUAGACCUUCCCAAACAUAAAUCAAUGCACUUACCUUCAAUGAGGUGGUCUGUAAGAGAAAGCGAGCCAAGGACAAGUCUCAUCUUUUAAAGCAUGGGGCUGGGCGCAAUAAUCCAAUUAAGGUGAACAAUAAUUUAGGUGUGCAUUGAUUAGUUGGGAGGGACCAAAUGUUGAUUGGCAUGUGGUGUGUCCUCCGACCAGCCAGGUGGCAGUGCGUCUGUCACGUGGCCGGUAUCUCUGGAUACAUUCUCUUCCUUCUUGAAGAGUGGAGUGAUAAUUGCAAUUUUCCAGUCUUUCAGAACCAUUUCAGAAUCUAGUAAUUCUUGAAAGAUCAUUACUAAUGCCUCCACAAUCUCCUCAGUCAUCUCUUUCGUAACCCUGGUGUGUACACCAUUUGGUCCAGGUGACUUAUCUACCUUCAGACAUUUCAGUUUCCCAAGAGCAUUCUCUCUUGGUAUGGUAACUUCACACAAUGCAUGACCCCGACUCCUGAAACACCUACCAUACUGCUGGUAUCGUCCACAGUGAAAACUGAUACAAACUAUUAAAUUGGUCUGCCAGUUCCUUGUCUCCCUAUCACUACCUGUCCAGCAUUGCCUUCCAGCCAUCCGAUAUACACUCUUAUCUUUCUUUUACAAUUUGUGCAUCUGAAGAAACUUCUGGUAUCCUCAUUAAUUUUAUUAGCUAGCUUACUUUCUUAUUCCAUUUUACCUUCUUAAUGACUUUUUUAGUUGCCUUCUGAUGGUUUUUAAAAGCUUCCCAAUCCUCUAACUUACGACUAUUUUUUGCUGUAUUAUAUGCCCUAUCUUUGGCUUUCAUUUCUCUUGUUAGCCACAAUUCUAUCAUCAUAUCUUUAGAAUACUUCUUCCUCUUUGGGGUGUAUAUAUCCUGUCCCUUCCAAUUUGCUUUGAGAAAUUCCAGCCAUUGCUGCUCUGCCAUCAUCCCUGCCAAUGUUCUUUCCUAAUCAAUUCUACCAACUCCUCUCUCAUACCUCUGUAAUUCCCCUUACAACACUUUAAUACUGAUACAUCUGACUUUAGCUUCUACUUCUUGAAUUUCAGGAUGAAUUUGAUCAUAUUGUGAUCAUACCCCUUUGGAUUCUUUUACCUUAAGUUCUCUAAUUAAUUCUGGUUCAUUGCCCAACACCCAAACCAGAAAAGCUGAUCCCCUUGUGGGCUCACCUUCAAGCUGCUCUAAAAAGCCAUCUCAUAGGCAUUCUAGAAAUUCCCCCUCUUGGACCCCAGUACUAACCUGAUUUUCCCAAUCAAGCUGCAUAUUGAAAUCCAUAUGACCAUUGUAAUAUUGCCCUUUUGGCAUGCAUUUUCUAUCUUCCAUUGUAAUUUGUAGGUCAUACCCUUACUACUGUUUGGUCAUAUGUAUAUAACAUUCAUCAGGAUCUUUUUACCUUGAUAGAUCCACUCCUUAGCUCUAGCCACAAUGAUUCAACACCUCCCACCCUAUGUCAGCUCUUUCUAAUGAUUUGAUUUAAUUUUUUUACCAACAGAGGAACAUCACCCCCUCUGCCUUCCUGCCAGUCCUUUUGAUACAGUGUGUAGCCUUGAAUGUUAAGCUCCCAGCUAUAAUCUUCUUUCAGUCAUGAUUCAAUGAUGCCUACAAGAUCAGACAUGCCAAUCUGUAACUGUGCUACAAAUUCAUCUACUUAUUCCAUAUGCAACACAUAGUCAGAUACAACACCUUCAGUCCUGUAUUCACCCUUUUUAUAUUGUCUGCCUUUCAUGUUGCAACUCAUCCUGUUGCCUGCAAUUUUGCCCUAUCACCAACCUCUCCUCACUACACAUUGCCUCUGUUUGUAAACCAGCUACCUCAUCUUCAGCACUAUUUUUUGGCUUUCCUACGAUACUUCUUGCAUUGAAAUAUAGGCAACACUAGUCACGCCAUGCUCAACCUUUCGAUUCCUAACUUGAUCUGAGUACUUACCACCAUCUGCCUCCACAACUUCUCUACUAACUGUUCCAGCACUCUGGUUCCCACUCCCUGCAACUUUAGUUUAAUCCUCCCCCCCAACCCCUGUGCAGCAUUAACAAACCUUCCAUUAGGAUAUUAGUUCCCCUCCAGCUCGGGUGCAAACUGUCCCUUCUGUCCAUGUCCUAUCUUUCUUGGAAGAGAGCCCAACUCCUUAGCCAUGUAUGAAACUGUAAAAUCUUCCUAGUUCUGGCUUCACUAGCACAUGGCACAGAUAGCAAUCCUGAGAUCACAACCCUGGAGGUCCUGCCCUUUAAGUUAGCACUGAACUCCCUGCGCUCCCUAUGCAGAACCUCAUCACUCAUCCUACCCAUGUAUUGGUACCUACAUGGACCAUGACCUCUGUUUCUUCAUCUUCCCACUUGAGAAUGCUAAGGACUUGAUCUGAGAUAAACCCUGACUCUGGCACCUGCAAGGCAGCAUAGCAUCCGGGAAUCUCGUUUUCGCCCAGAGAACCUCCUUUCUGUUCCCCUAACUAACGAAUAACCCAUCAACACAGAACGCUUCUUCUUCCCCUUCCCCUUCAUUCAUAUAGCCAGAUUGAGUGCUAGAGACCCGACCGCUGUGAGUUUCCUCUGCUGGGUGAACCCGCCCCCCAACAGUUUCAAAGUGGUAUACCUGUUGUUGAGGGGGAUGGCCGCAGGGAUACUCUGCACUGGAUCCUUAACCCCUUUCCCCCUUCCUGACUAUCACCCUGUUUCCUGUGUCCUGCACCUUUGGUGUAACCACCUCUUUAAAUGUCCUAUCAUUCACCCCUUCAGCCUCCCUAAUGAUCCACAGUUCGUCAAGUUCCAGCUCCAGCUUCUUAACACGGAUUGUGCAGCUGGACGCACUUCUCGCAUUUGUAGUUCUCCGCAACACUGGAGGUCUCCCUGCCUUCUGUCACCCCACAAGAGGAGCAUUCAGCUAUCCUGCCUGCUAUCUCUGCUGUCCCAAAUACGCAAAUGUAGAGAAGGGAGGAGAAAAAAGUUACCUAGAGUUUUUCUUUCCUGCUGACUCUGACUGAAGCCUUGAAGAGCUGAAGCCUCAAAAUCACCAGUCUGACUGUCCAGACGAUGGCCGUUGUGUUUUCCCCUGCCUUCCUUUAAUUUAUUCUUGCUUAUUAAUCCCAAAGGCAGACCGAUCGCUGGUCAGAGCUCCAAACAAACUGCUAUGAGUUGCUGCAUUUUAUACUCAGUCUGAUUCAAAUCCUCUCCUCUCUAAAGAAACACCACUUCUAUAUUCCUCGUGCUUUAUCAUCUAUAUUAACAUCUGAUGGUUUCAAGCCAUUCCAUAAAAUGAAAAUCAAGUGUUAAAUAUUCCACAUUCCCUUUCCUGAAUAUAUUCUGGAAUCAGCAAGUCAGCAACAACGGCUCCCAGAAUAUCACGGUAUUACACAGAAAAGACAUAGGCCAAGAUUGUCUAAUGAUUAUCUGUUUAUUGAGAUACAGCAUGGAAUAGGCCCUUCUGGCCUUUCGAGCCGUGCUGCCCAGUAAUCCCCCGAUUUAAUCCCAGCCUAAUCAUAGGACAAUUUACAAUGUAAAAGUUAACCUACCAACUGGUACGUCUUUGGACUGUGAGAGGAGACUGGAGCACCAGGAGGAAACCCAUGCAGUUACGGGAAGAACAUACACACACCAGACAGGCAGUGGUGGGAAUUGGACUCACAUCACCUGCAAAUUUUUGUUUAUUUAUUGAGAUUCAGUACAGAAUAGGCCCCUCCAGCCCACUGAGAUACACUGUCCAGCAAUCCCCCCCAUUUAACCCUAACCUAAUCAUGGGACAAUAUAUAAUGACCUAUUAACCUACUAAGCUGUACAGUUUUGGACUGUGGGAGGAAACCAGAGCACCCAGAGGAAACCCACAUGUGUUACACGAGCGUGGCGGUGGACGAACCCAAGUGCAGAACACGGGUGCGGAGACAGAGUCGGGAGGCGUUAUUGACAUAGCUAGAGAGGAGUCGGUAUCCAGGAGCGAUGCUAGACUUAGAACUGGCAGUCCUAAGAACCAUGAACCAAGGUUACUCACACAAGAGUCAACCAACAUACUGGCAACUCCUUGUUGUGAUCACAGGGUCUUUAUCCUGCGUUUUCUGAUGGAAAGCAGGUGUGUGUAGUUAGUGAAACCUGGGAAUGAUUGGAAACUAAACGAGGGGAUUGAGGACCAAUUCCUGAGGUAAAUGGCAAGGUGGGGGAUUGCCAGAAGGGACCAUGACAACAUGGUCAUGGGGAGAACAUACAAAUUCCUCACAGACAACAUUGCAAUUGAACCCUGAACUGUAAUUUUUAAAUAUUUACCCAUUGCGAUUUAGCACGAAACAUGCCCUUGUGGCUCUCCGUCCAUCUCCUAAUCAUGGGACAAUUUACAAAAAUCAACUAACCUGCUGACUGGUAGGUCUUUGGUCUGUGGGAGGAAACCAGAACUCCCAGAGGAAAUCCAGGUGGUCAAGGAAGAACAUACAAACUCCUUACAGACGGAGUUGAACCCAAGUUGUUGGUACUGUAAAGCAUUGUGCUAAUUGCUACAGUGUCGUCACACUAACUGCUAAACUACCAUCAAUUAUUUAUUGUCAUUCUUCAGUAUCUAAGUGUAAAGCAGAACAAAAUGAUUGUUACUCCAGAUUCAAUGUAACAUAGUGCUAACCACUAAACUACUGCGCUGCCUCCAAUUCCAUUUGUUUAAUUUCCCCUUGAUCGGGAAACUUUAUAUAACAUAAAACAUACAGAUGUCUUUGUUAUAGCAAAACUUCGCUCAGUGGUGAGCUUAUUAAUUACGCUGAAACACUGCUUAUUAAUGGAAAUAUCUAAUCUGUCAAUAGUUAUGCAGCAGUAACCCAAUGCAAAAAGCAUGCAGAAAUGGUCAAGAGCUUUGGUUGUUCAGACCAAACAACAGAAUGGGGAAGAAACGUGAUGGCUUUCACACAGAACAGUCUCUAGAGCUUACAGAGGAUGGUGUGAAAAUUAAAACAAAAAGCCAGUGAGGGCAGGGGCAGAUCUGUGGGCAAGAACACCUUGCUAAUGAGAGAAGUCAGAGAGGAACGGCUCAAGCUGACAGGAAGGUGACAGUAACUCAAAUAAGGACAAGUGACAACAGUGGUGUGCCGAAGAGCAUCUGAACACACAUGUGCAGAAGACCAUGAAUACUCUCAGCCACUGAGCGUAAAUGUGUACUAUUUAGCCUCAGAAUAUAUAAUUGAAUGAAAAGGUUGCUGCGGGUUGCUAGACAGCAUGAAAGGGAAUUAGAUGGCACUGCAGACGUAAGACACCGGCCAAUUAAGAGCACUGCUGCCUCGGGACAAAUGAAACGGUGAACGGAAAACUAUUAGCGUUUGCUUUGCUUCGGGGCUCCCUGGUGAGCAAAAGAAGAGGCAAAACCACAGGGCGGCAAGCACGAAAGAAAGCAAAUUAAAGACGAGAUAAACUGAAUUAGGGAGGAAAUGGGAGGUUGAAAUAGAACAAAAUUCGACGAGAGACGGGAAACCACAAGAAGAAUAAAGAGCUAACAGAGACAGACCAGGGAAGGGUCAGCAUUGUGCGGGUCAGGGCGAACGUGCAGAAAAUCACGGAAAGUAGGAAAGAUCCAGAAGCGUCAAGUUAGGAAGGAAACAAGGGUCACAAUCACACAAUUCUGCAGAAACUCCGCUGAGGUGAAGGGCACAUUAAUAAUAACCAGAGUAUAGACCCAGACACGUAUGGCGAUAGAAAUACGACCAAGCGGAGCAACUUUCCGUUUCCCUCGCGAUGUGGAGAUACGAACAAAAUUGGAAAACCUGGGAGAAAAGUUUCGGCGCCGUUUUGGUAAAGGAGGGAAAACAUGAUACAUCAUUAAUAAACGCUGCACAAAGAGUUUGAAAGUGUAUUAUUAAAAGCACCUUUCUUUUACUUCAGUGAGCUGAGAAUCGGAGAGAAAUGUUUGACAGGAUUUCAAAAGGAGCUGAUUAAAGACCGUGCCGCUCGGGAAAGGUACAAUUAAUAAAAUAAAAGGUAGUUCACAGCAGGAUAGAACAAAGCGUCAUCAAAUUUGAAGGGAGACAGUGAGAAGGUUAAAAAAAUCACAAGUGGCGUACGAGGAAAAGGGGUUGGGAGUGCUCCCGCCUUCUGGAAAUCCGAGUUCUAAAGAUGAAGUCAGGGGUGCCCUUCGCGCAGCUCAGAGUGUGCAUGUCUGUGUGUGUCUCCGAGAAUGCUCCAGUGACCGAAACUGACCAGAAAUCUAUACGAACCGCCGAGCGGCGUCGCAUCUGUCGACUAUGGAUCGGACACGAUUAAUGGGAUCAAACUGAAAACACGAAGAUGUAUCUUCCAGCACUGAGAGUUGCUGCUCCCUUUCUGCGGUUGUAGCGGCGGAGCGUGCCCGCGGGUUUUCUGAAGAGAAAUACGCCGAUAUGGCAGUUGUCUGAUUACUUUGCUGCCUCCGAAACCCCUCUCGUUAGCCUCUCUCACAGGAAGUACAGUGGAGCUGUCGGAAUGACGAUCUCUACAUUUGACAUAAACUGUUCGCCGCCCCACUUGUAAACACUGCUGGAGCGGGGAAGAGGAACGGAACUUGCUUGACUAACAUUCUUUGUGUCAAUUAGACUGUAAGUGUAAGUAACUGGACACCUGCACAGGGCGAGUUCUUCCAAUUCCACUUGGUGCCGGAGUUGUUCGGACCGGUGUUGAACUACCGAUAGUUGGAAAUCGGCGCGGAUUACUUAUUUUGUCGACCUUUGCUGCCCGCGUUUAUCGCUCCGGAUCGCCGGCACGUUCCUCCUGCAGAGGCGGCGAAAGAAGCCACUUCCCAGGCCGAGGAUGCCGGCGGCAGCCGGAGACAGCCUCGACGACCAGUCACCGGGAGAACUCCGCAUUUCCGGCUCGGAAAUUACCCUUCCAUUUUCGGUUGCCCAUGUUUCUCGAGAGUCAAUCCGCAAUUUCCACCACACUAAACGGGUCGGAAGUUAUCUGAUUGGGAGGAAAUUAGGCGAGGGAUCUUUCGCCAAAGUCAGAGAAGGAUUGCAUGUUCUGACUGGUGAAAAGGUGGCUGUGAAGGUUAUUGAUAAGAAGAAAGCCAAGAAAGACUCCUAUGUAACAAAGAACCUGCGGAGAGAAGGGCAGAUUCACCAGAUGAUCAGGCACCCAAAUAUCACGCAGCUUCUGGAUAUACUCGAAACAGAGAACAGCUACUACUUGGUUAUGGAGCUAUGCACAGGAGGGAACUUAAUGCACAAAAUGUAUGACAAAAAGAUAUUGGAAGAAGCAGAGGCACGCCGAUAUAUCAGGCAACUCACUCUAGCAGUGGAGCACCUGCACCGAGCAGGAGUUGUCCAUAGAGAUCUGAAGAUUGAAAACCUUUUACUUGAUGAAGAAAACAAUAUAAAAUUAAUAGAUUUUGGAUUGAGCAACUGUGCUGGAAUUUUGGGUUAUUCUGACCCUUUUAGCACCCAGUGUGGGAGUCCAGCCUAUGCAGCUCCAGAACUUUUAGCACGGAAGAAGUACGGUCCCAAGGUCGAUAUAUGGUCAAUUGGUGUGAAUACCUAUGCAAUGCUGACUGGCACCUUACCUUUCACAGUAGAGCCAUUCAGCCUAAGAGCCUUGCACCAGAAAAUGGUGGAUAAGGACCUUAAUCCUCUACCUGUCCAUCUCUCAUCAGCUGCUAUUAAUUUUCUACUAUCCUUACUGGAGCCUGACCCCAUUAAGCGGCCAAACAUUCAACAGGUACUUUCUGAUCACUGGCUGAAUGACGACUCCUCAGGGAUACCUACGUCAAGGACACCUACAUCAAGCAUGGCUUACUCAAACCGGCUUCAUCCAGAGGACUUGAAUCAGAGUGUGGUGCUCCACAUGACUGAGAAAAUGGGAUAUAAGCACGCUGAGGUUGUAAACACGGUGCUGUCAAACCGAGCCUCCCACACUCUUUCCAUUUACUUUCUGCUCAAUAGGAAAUUGGAUCACUAUUUUAAAAGCAUUGGGAAAGCAGACUUUGCAGAUGGCAUUUGCUGUAAGGACCUACUGCAUCAGUGUGAUAAAUACAGACUCAAGGAAAUGCAGGAGGAAAAGAAGACCAAGGAUCCAGGGAAAAGAGUGGAUGUUAUCCAAAAACCUUUCCCCAGAAAGGCAGAGAAAGGUUUUAAUAUUUCAAAACAGUCACCGUGUUUCCUUGCUCCAGUGAACUCUAGUAAAGUUGCGCAAACUGACAGGAAGGUCACCAAAGCUGAGCGAGGGCUGUUGCCGGAAGCUUGCCGCCCUACUGGAUCGAUCCCAGUAGGUGGAACAACAUCCAGCAAGAACGGCUACCUCAAGUCACCUUCCUUAGAGUACUUGGAAAUGCAUCGUCCGCAGCCAAGGACUCCUUUGCCUAUCAGACAGCACGAACACCAGCCACUGUGCUUGGUGAGCUCGAAACGAAGAAUGAAAGACCUUUUGCCAAUUGCCACCACUGGGCAUCAUCCUGGCAUGGGGCAAGAACAACAAGAACUGCUUCCUCAGCAGAGAGAUAUCAGAUCUACACAAGUGAUCUUUUCUGCAUCCACCGAACAGCAUGAGUGCUUAAGUCCCUCAAAAUCUCUGAGUCAUCCAGCUCACACUGUUCCAAUGUAUGAUGGAAGGAAAGAUAUUUUAAGGCCCCAGAGAGCAUCACUUAUUCCAUCAAAUGCAACUAAUGCAAAAUCUAAUGAACUAACCAAUCCUUACUUGGUUAAAAGCAGAGGCAAAUUCCCAAUGAUGGGCAUUGGACAGAUGUUAAGAAAACGAAAUGAGGCUUUACAGUUAAGAACAGACAGUCCCAUAGAUGUGAGUGGCCAUAUGACCCCAAAAUCAAACAUUAUACAGAAGAUUCUGUAUACUGCUGGCAGUCUACAACCCCAGUGCUCAUUUCACUCCUGAGCUAUAGACUGAGGUGUGGAUUAUCUCGGGGAUGCAUGCAUAAGGUUUAUGAGAUUUCUCAUUCAAUACACUAUAUAAAUAUAUAUGAUAUGAUUUUUUUCUAUGAUAUUUUUGCAUAAAUUCUCUCAGGAACUCAUAGAAAAUAUUUAAUCUCAUUUUGUUGUGCUAAGCUAAUUUGGAUCAGAAGGCCAUGAAUUUGGUCAGUAUUAUUAUAAAAUAGCACAAGAUCGAACUGUUCCCUGUACAAUAGUCUCAGUUGUUGUAUAUUAAAAAGAGCAGGGAAACCACUUCUGAAAAAGCUUCUUUUGUUUGUGAGCCGUUGUCUGGAUUCUGAAUGUUACAAAUCAUGCAGAUGUGUUUUACAUUGCAUGUGGCCAUUCGUCAAAUAACUUAAGUUAAAUUGCACCUCGAAAGCAGUCUUGCCAUGUACUUUGUGCUAUCUUUGUGGGCGUCAUGUUCUGUGUUGAUGCCAUGUUGUCUAAACUUCAGGCAAGCAAUUAUAUUUCUUUUGUGGAAAGUGAGGUAUUUAACAAAAAAGCAAAUAUCUGAUAAAAUCUGUUAAACAGUCUGAGAAACAUUAUACAGUGGAUAGCCAGUGUGUUCCCCACCCCCACCCCCAACCAGGACAGCAACAGUAGAGCAUGUCUUUUUAAGUUAAGUGAAGGAAAGUAUAAGGGGGAUGUCAGAAGUAAGUUUUUUACACAGAGUGUUUGGUGUGUGGAAUGCCCUGCUGUGGGUGGCGGUUGAGGCUGAUUUAAGAGGGACAUUAGGGACAUUUAAGAGACUCUUAGAUAGGCAUGUGGAUGAAAAAAAUUGAGGCUUAUGGGUUAUGUAGGAGGGAGGGUUAGCUUAAUCAUGAGGUAGAUUUUGGAGGCUUGUGCUAUGUUGUACUGCUCUACAGCACUGUGCAAAAUUCUUAGGAACAUACACAUAUAUUACUAGGGUUCUAAGGAUUUUGCAUGGUACUGUAAGCUGUUCUUAAUAUAAUUUCUUGCAUGGGUUAAUUUUGUUUUGAUUUUAAGCACAUGGUGGAAAGACACCUAUCUCCAUUCUCUUUUAAUUUGCCCUUGAAACAGCAAUAUCUAUGAAUCUUAAGUUUUUAGUAAACUUCAAUACAUAUAGUACUGUCCAAAAGUCUUGGGCAUCCUAUCUAUACAUACGUGCCUAAGACGUUUGCACAGCACUGAAAUCAUUUUUAUAUAAAUUGGAAGCCUGAUUAAAGUUAAACAAACUUUGCAUUCAGUUUUUUUUUCUAAAGAUUUGUUUUAGCAACAUUUGGCACAUUUCACUGAAAAUUGUAACCAUGCUUUCUUGAGGAGACUUUUUAACCUUGCCUGUCUGGUAGCAACAGGGGCAGAGAGAAGUUAAAAUUCUCUGUGUGACUUACCAUCUGUUGUUCAGUAUAGCCUGCAGGUUACUAUUUUAAAAGCUGAACAAAUGGAUAUAGAAGAAUGGCAAGUGAACUUACUGAAACAUAAAAUUCUGAAGAGAAUUGACACGAUGUUUUCCCUGGUGAAGGCAUUUAGAGCUGAGGUACAUAGAUUCAGAAUAAGAGAUUACCCAUUUCAGGAAAUUAGGAAGUCUUUUUUUUCUCUCAGAUUGUUGGGAAUUAUUGGAAUUCUUUACUCACAGAGCUGUGGAGGGGUAUCUAUUUCAUCUAUUCAGGGUAAACUACAAGGAAGUCAAAUCAAAAGGGGAGCAAAUGGAAAAGUGGUCUUGUUGCCAAGUCUGGAUCAGUUCUCCUUACUGAGACAGGCUACUCCAAUCCCUGUCUCUAAUGUUCUUAAAUGAAAUGCCCUCCAACUCAGGCAAGUAGGUAGACUGACCAAAACUCUAUGCAUUAUUCAAGGAGCAGUCUUACUGGGCUUCUAUAUACUUUAACUGCAGAACAACAUUUUACUUUUGUAUAUAAACCCUCUUGCAAUAAAAACCAUCAUAUUCUUUAAUUCCUGCUACUUGUUUUUUGUAUCUCGGUUUACUUUCUGUCAUCAUGUACAAGGACAACCCAAACCCUCAAAAACCAACCACCUUCCAAUCUCUCACAUUCUAAAAAAUACUCAGGUUUUCUGCUCUUCCUAAGCUUUUCAUUUUUGAAUACAUAGAGAGAUUUACAAUGAAGAACAGUACAGCCAGGAACAAGCCAUUCAGCCUACCAUCACUGCACUGACCAAAAUGCUAAUUUAACUGCUUUCAUCUGCCUGCUCUUGAUCUGUACCCUUCGUUAUUUAGUUCGCCUCUUUGUUUUUUUUUCCGAUUACUCUUGUAUUCUUCUUUACAUUUCCUUAUCAAUUUUUAGGUCAGCCUUUGAAUUCUGAAAUCAGAUUCAGAUUCAAUUAUUUAUCACAUGAAUUGUUCUGUUUGAUUUGAUUUGAAGCACAUGGUGGAAAGACAUCUAUCUCCAUCCUCACUUAAUUUGUCCUUGAAAUAGCAAUAUCUAUGAAUCUUAAGUUUUUUGGUAAAUAUUUAGUAGAUACAGUACUGUCUGAAAGUCUUAGGCUUCCUAUCUAUCUAUCUAUCUAUCUAUCUAAGUGUGCCUAAAACUUUUGUACACUGUAGUAACUCUAUGUAUUGCGCUAUGCUACUGCCACAAAAAAUUCAUGACAUAUGUGAUUAAUGAUAAACCUGAUUCUGAUAUGGGUCUCUAUCGUGGACUGAGAGUGGGAAGGAGA